CUUGCUCUCCCACCAUCAUCUUUCUUCUCUUACUAUUCCAUCCCAAUCAGCAUUCUCAAGCUAUCCCAUCAUAACGCACUCUUAAUCUAAUAAACUCUCUCCAUACCUCUCCGAAAACUCAUCUCAAUCCAAUCAAAACCCCACAUCAAGCAAAAGGCCGCCACCAUGGUGAAGAACUACCAGAUAAUCUACAUCCGCCCCUAUCACGUCUCCUUCGUGUGGGGCAUCAUCGCCUGCCUUACGCUCGCCUUCGUCUACGUCCACUACUUGGUCGGUGUAAACUACGCUGCCCAGUCCCCUUUCAUUCUCGGCAUUUAUGCAGGAUCCGUGGUUCUCGUCUGUCUGCUAGCCUUCAUCACAGACCCUGACACGGAAUUCUACUUCAAGAAAAGGAUCAAGGAAUAUGGGGACGGGGGAGAAAAGGGAGACGCAGAUGGAAAGGAAAGGGAGGUCACUAUUGUGAGGCCUUUGAUUGGGUUUGAGCGUUGGAAAGUUCGGUUUGUGACGCCUGAGGCGCUGGGGGAUAGUUGGAUUGAUGGGUUCCGGCACGAUGAAGCGUUGGUUAGGAUCUGAGCUGGUUGGGUGGUUUUGUUGGUUGUGCUCGGUUUUCAACGUCUUUGUUUCGUCUCGUUCUGCGUGACCCUUGCUUGCUUCGUUGGGUUUCCGGUGGUGUUGGGGGAUUGGUGGUUUUGGUGAUGGGUUGGCGUUCGGAUUUUCGUGUCAGAAGGUGGAUUGGAGGAUUCGUUUGGUAUGGGGUGUAAAUAUUUAGUUUAAAUGGUCAUACUGGAGCGUUCUUUGAACCCUAGCUUAGGGGUAUUCUUUCGUUCAGAAGGAGCGACUAUCAGAGUCUAUAGUUUCAUAGCUUUCACGCUGUGUAUAUUAUACUACCUUCAUUAUGGUUCAAAAAUGCAAACUGCUUCAUGAUAUUUGGG